AUGAUUCGUCGUCUGUCGACGUCGUUCUCUUUUGUUAGGAAUCAUUUCCUUUAUAACCGUCGAAAAUUCAACCAGACGACUUCGGGUGUUGCCCCAUUUCUUAGGCCGUCGAAGAGCGACAUUGAAAUGUCCAGUGAUUUCAGGUGUUUUUUUUUCUUUUCUUUUUUCUUUUUUUUCUUUUUUUUCUCUGUCUUUCUUUUCUCUCUUUUUCUCUCUUUUUCUCUCUCUCUUUCCUUCUCUCUUUUUCUCUCUCUUUCCUUCUCUCUUUUUCUCUCUCUUUCCUUCUCUCUUUCUCUCUCUCUCUUUCCUUCUCUUUUUUUUCUCUCUCUCUUUCCUUCUCUCUUUUUCUCUCUCUCUUUCCUUCUCUCUUUUUCUCUCUCUCUUUCCUUCUCUCUUUUUCUCUCUCUCUUUCCUUCUCUCUUUUUCCUUCUCUUUCUUCUUUCCUCUCUUUCCUUCUCUUUUUCCUUCUCUCUCUCCUUCUCUCUCUUUCCUUCUCUCUUUCUCUCUCUCUUUCCUUCUCUCUCUCUCUCUCUCUCAUUAUAUUUUGUAAAUAUUAUUUCUUUUACUAUUCUCUCUUUUUUUUUUUCUAUCUUCUUUUUCUUUCUCUUCUUUUUCUUUCGCCUUUUCUUUCUCUCUCUCUCUCACGUUCUCUUUUCUUUUUCUCUCUCUCUUUCCCUUUUCUCUCUCUCUAUCUCUUCCCCCUUCCUUCUCUCUCUCUCUCUCUCUCUCUUCCCCUUUUUUCUUUCUUUUUCUCUCUCUUCCCCUUUCUUUCUUUUUCUCUCUCUUCCCCUUUUCCUUUCCUCUCUCUUCCCUUUCUUUCUUUCUCUCUCUCUCCCUUUCUUUUUUUUUCUCUCUCUUCCCCUUUCUUUCUUUCUCUCUCUCUUCCCCUUUCUUUCUUUCUCUCUCUCUUCCCCUUUCUUUCUUUCUCUCUCUCUUCCCCUUUCUUUCUUUCUUUCUUUCUUUCUUUCUUUCUUUCUUUCUUCUCCCUUUCUUUCUUUCUUUCUCUCUCUCUUCCCCUUUUUUCUUUCUUUUUCUCUCUCUUCCCCUUUUUUCUUUCUUUCUCUCUCUCUUCCCCUUUCUUUCUUUCUCUCUCUCUCUUUCCUUUCUUUCUUCUCUUUCUUUCUUCCCCUUUCUUUCUUUCUCUCUCUCUUCCCCCCUUUCUUUUCCUUCUCUCUCUCUCUUCUUCCCCUUUCUUUCCUUCUCUCUCUCUCUUUCCCCUUUCUUUCUCUCUCUCUUUCCCUUUCUUUCUCCUCUCUUUCUUUCUCUUUCCUCUUUCUUUCUCCUCCUCCUCCUCCUCUCUCUCUCUCUCUCUCAUGUUUGCUGCACCGAGCUUUCAGUCUUUUCCUUUUUAAUAAAAGUGGAGAGAUGUUGUUACAACAACGAUCAACUAGCAAAAUCACAUAUCCAGAUCACUUCACAAAUGCGUGCUGUAGCCAUCCGCUGUACACUCCGAGGGAACUGGAACAAGACGAUGCGAUUGGGGUCCGACGUGCCGCUCAACGUAGAGUUAAACAGGAAUUGGGAAUCACUCCUGAGCAGAUUCCAUUAAAAGCCAUUCAUUAUGUCACCCGAGUGCAUUAUUUGGCUGCCAACGUACCUCGAGAUGGUAAAUGGGGAGAGCAUGAAAUUGACUAUGUCUUAUUUGCACAAUGCAAUGUGGAUCUUGACCCAAACCCGAAUGAAGUGAAAAGCACAAAAUAUUUAGACAAAAAAGGAAUGAAAGAAUUUCUUGCAACUGCUGAUGAUCGAGGAAUCCUCUUGACUCCAUGGUUUCGACUUAUUGCUGACAACUUUUUGUUUCAAUGGUGGGACAACCUUCAAAGCCUCUCCACACAGUUUGAUCACAAAACCAUCUAUCGAUUACUGUAA